AUCACAGUUAAUCCGAUUCCCUUCUUAGUAUAACUGCCUCCUGCCACUAGAGCUAUCAUGAAGGUCCUGGCAGUCGUUGCUCUUCUCGGCUUAGCAGCCGCUGAUAAGCGUCCUUCAAGCAACGGCUAUGGCCCUCCACCAAGCAGUGCCUAUGGUCCCCCAAGGAAUGGAUAUGGUGUAGAUCCUGCAAUUGAAGCCCUGGCUGAGAACAUCCCUGGAGGUGGUGUUCCUGGAGAGGACUACCCUAUCUUGGCCUCCGUCCCUGAUACCGGAUUCGACUGCAAUGCCCAGAAUGUCCCUGGAUACUACGCCGACACUGACCCUGAGGCUGGCUGCCAGGUCUUCUACAUCUGCCAGGACAGGCCCAAUGGACGCCGUCAGCAGGACUCCUUCCUCUGCCCCAACGGCACCAUCUUCAACCAACAGUACCUCGUCUGUGACUGGUGGUUCAACUUCGACUGCGCUGACGCUGAAGACUUCUACUCAGUCAAUGAACUUAUUGGAGUCGAGCCUUAUGGUUAUGGCAAUGGAAAUGGCAACCGCAAUGGCAAUGGUAACAAUGGCUAUGGCAAUGGAAAUGGAAAUGGCAACCGCAAUGGCAAUGGUAACAAUGGCAAUGGCAAUGGAAAUGGAAAUGGCAACCGCAAUGGCAAUGGCAAUGGCAGCAAUGGUUAUGGUUCUAACGGAAAUGGAAAAAGCAACGGCAACGGCAACGGCAAUCUCAGCAAUGGCUAUGGCUCUAAUGGCAAUGGAAACGGUAACGGCAAUGGAAGCAAUGGCUAUGGCUCUAAUGGCACUGGAAAUGGUAACGGUAAUGUCAGCAACGGCUAUGGCUCUAAUGGCAAUGGUAACAGUAAUGGCAACAAUGGAUAUAGUUCAAAUGGAAACGGUAAUGGUAAUGGAAACAAUGGUUAUGGAUCCAACGGAAACGGAAAUGGCAAGAAGAAUGGAAGGAAGAACGGAAAUGGCAAAAGAAAUGGAAAGAAGAACGGAAAUGGAAACGGAAAUGGAAAUGGCAAUGAUUACGGCUCAAAUGGAAAUGGAGCAGCUCCAUCUGAAUCCUAUGCAGCUCCUUUCUAAGGAGAAAACCACGACAUUCACCUCGUUAUGUGUAAUCAUCUUCAAGUCGAAGAUAUUUCAUGUACACUGACAUCAUAUUACUGUUCCAUUUAUGUAAAAUUUCUCAUUGAUAUCGAACUCAAGUAUAUUUUCUACAGAUUGUAUAUUUUUGUACAAUAAAUUGCGAUGAAAUUACAA